AGACGAUCCAGGGAAGGACUUGACUUUGGAUUUCGGAGCUCGAUUUGCGGAAACAAGAAGAAAAAAAAAUCAGAAAAGCUUUCGGAGAUUCUCGAAAAGAAGGAGGGCAUGGCGACCAAAGUUUAUAUCGUGUACUACUCAAUGUACGGACAUGUGGAGAAAUUAGCACAGGAGAUAAGGAAAGGAGCUGCCUCUGUUGAAGGAGUUGAAGCCAAACUGUGGCAGGUACCGGAGACGCUCCAAGAAGAUGUGCUCUCUAAAAUGAGUGCACCGCCAAAGAGUGAUGCUCCUAUUAUCACCCCCAACGAGCUCGCUGAGGCUGAUGGGUUUGUCUUUGGCUUCCCAACAAGGUUCGGUAUGAUGGCUGCUCAGUUCAAGGCAUUCUUGGACGCAACAGGCGGCCUUUGGAGGACUCAGCAACUCGCCGGUAAGCCAGCCGGAAUCUUCUACAGCACAGGGUCUCAAGGCGGUGGUCAAGAAACCACCGCGUUAACAGCCAUUACUCAGCUGGUUCAUCACGGGAUGAUAUUUGUGCCGAUAGGGUACACAUUCGGUGCUGGUAUGUUUGAGAUGGAGAAGGUGAAAGGUGGAAGCCCGUAUGGGGCCGGAACAUUCGCCGGAGACGGGUCGAGACAGCCAACGGAGUUGGAGCUUGAUCAAGCAUUUCACCAAGGGAAGUACAUCGCCGCCAUAAGUAAGAAGCUCAAGGGACCUGCUGCUGCUUAGAUCUCUCUCAAAAGGUGGAUUCUAAUAUUAUUUUCUUGAUUCUUUUGUUACUAAGUUUCUACAGUUUGGCAUUUUACGAUUUUCUCGUUUUGAAAUUAUCUAACACUGAAGUGAGUUACUUCAGUUCACAGCAAUAAAACACCAUUGCUUUAGUUUGUGUGCAGCGUGUAUGAAUCAAUGGGUUUUUUUUCACGAAUUUGAUCAGAUUGUGUGAUGAUAGAAAAAUCAAAUGUGAAAAAUGGUUUUUUUUUUCCCUUCUAAAUUAUGAGAUUAAAUGUUGUAAAUAAGAUCAAUUAUGUUUUGCAUCAUUUUUAUAAAGGAAGAGACGAUUGA